AUGGUAAAAGAACACAACGAUAAUGUAUCUAAAUUAUUGCUAAGCAGUAAAGAUACGUUGGAUAGAAGAGCUCAGAUUGAACUCGCAUUCAGAGAGUGCAAGGAGGCAUUCCUCGAGCUCUCGGCUGGGUACUUAUUAUUAUUGGAGAAUAGAAAAUCGGCAUCCUCCUUGUCUAGUGAGGUGAAGAACUUUGUCAGUAAUACUGUGUCUAAGAAGUUAGACUCUUUGUUAUCACGCACCACUGAUUACUGUAAAAAUUGUAAAAAUUCUAAUAACGGCUCUGUAUCUCGUGGGUCUAUGUCUCAGAGUGCAGAUAAGCGUAGCUAUGCGAGUGUAGUGGAUUCUGACCCUUCUAGGAUACGUAUGGCGAGAGGGCAUACUCUAAAUAUUUCAAAGUCCACAAAUUUAAUUAUUACUCCUAGUGCAGGAAAAACAGAAAUAUCAUCGUCAAGCGAUACAAGAAAUGCGGUGCAACGUAUCUUGAAGCCAUCGGAGUUCGAUCUCAAAGUUAAACGGAUAUCGGCUACAAGGAAUAAUGGUGUUCGAAUUGAGGCGCACUCAGUUGACCUUGACAAGAUUAAGGAUUCGCGGGUUUUGGAGAAAGCUGGUCUCACAUUGGCGCAAGAAAGCAAGAUUAAUCCGCGGGUUCUAAUACAUGGUGUCCCUUGUCACAUGACAAGGGAGGACAUCAAGUCGGAUAUCAUAGCACUAAAUUUAAGGGAUGUAUCAUCGACGGAAUUGGCGCAAGUUAGGGUUGUUUACUUGUUUCCAGAAAAAGAAGGGCGCAAAACGACUAACUGUGUUAUGGAGGUAACCUUCCUCGGUUACCUAGUGAAUUCGGAAGGUACACAACCACUACCUGACCGAAUCAAAGGCCUACGUGAAUAUAAUUUACCAAAAACGGCCAGAGAACUCAGACGCUACCUGGGUAUGUUAAACUUCUAUCGAAGAUUUAUACCCAGAGCCGCAGCAGCACAAGCACUACUCCAUGAUCUUCUCGGUUCGAAGAAAGGCGCUACAGUUCUGGAGUGGACAGCGGAAACAAAGCAAGCUUUUGAAGACACGAAAAACAGUCUCGCCCAGACUGCGCUACUGGCACAUCCCAAGGCGCACACCGAACUAGCCCUCUUCACGGACGCAUCAGAUCGCUGUGUCGGGGCAGUUCUCCAACAGCGACAGGGCGAAGACUGGGAACCACUGGCUUUCUACUCCAAAAAGCUAAAUCCCACUGAGGUCAAAUAUAGCACCUUUGACCGGGAACUGCUGGCAAUUUACUUGGCCAUCAAGUAUUUUAAACACAUGGAGCACGACAAAAUGUUUGGAAAUGUACCUACUCUAGAAAUGGAACCGGGAAAUCGAUUGAGUAGAUCAGGAGGAUCGGAGGACUCGGGACCAAUUGCAAGUGGCAGCGGCUAUCUCCAACUAAAUGCAUUGAAUCUACAGAGUAGCACGCCGAUGCUUGGUGAAAGUAGCUACAGUAUAAACCAGCACAAACCAGCAAUACGUGGUGGCUGGAUAUACGAUGAGGAACCUAACCGGCCUACUUACAACUCUUUUAUCAGUAUCGCGAAGAAACCUCCUCCAAGAAUAUUGGAAGCCUUACCUUCGUAUCCGCACGAUGGUACGCCAUUCAAAUCACCCGUUAGAUUCAAAGAGAUGGCAUUAAAAGAAAUGUCUCAGCGAGAACUGCCAUCAAAAUUAGUGCAAAACAAUGAUAAUUUUGCACAUCAUCAUCCAUUCCACGUCGAACACGCCUGUUCGCCAACUUAUUGACAAGACAUUUUAUAAUUUUUAAUAGACAUGACUUUUUCGUUAAAAAAAGCUAACAGAAAUUAUACGUUUAUUUAAAAUAUAUAUAAUUGGAAGAAUGCGAUAUCUUUUACGUGAAAAAUUUAAUUCCGUUAUUUAUUAAACUAUCAGCAUUUUAAUUAGUUAAUAGUUAAAUUAUUGUAAAUUAUACUGUUUGGUAUCAAAAGAGCGUAAUUUCACAACAAUCAACAGUUUAUGAAAAUAAUUUAAAAUUUAUAAUAAACAUGUAAAAUUAUUUAUUUUCUUUUGAAAAAAUCUGUUUU